UGCAUUUUCUAUAAGGUUCCCUGGGAAAAGGCGACUUACUGUCCCGUCAACAUCUUUUUGUACAGAAAACCCUCUUUUAGAGAGUUACAGGAACGCGUUUCGUGGUAAUCGCACGGCUUUAAGGAGACGCACUGGUGCCGGAGGAUGGCGCGGCUCCUCGUACUUCUGGCCGUCACACUCCUUCUCUAUCACACAGGAUGUGAAUACGUGAUCCCCCCAGCACGAUACGAGGAGGUGCGAGUGCCCCGCUUUGGAAAUGCCACCCUGCCCUGCCAGUUCUCCUUCAUCGACGGGACGGACGACCUGGGUUUCAGCUGGUUGAGGGAGGACAUCAUCGAGGAGAUAGAAGUAGAAGACAUCUAUGCUUAUAUCCAGCAGACGUUUGAGUACAAGGAGCCACAGGUCGUGUACAGUUACCACGGCAACCGCGUGGAACUGGAGGAGCUGAGCUACACCUACCAGGAUCGUGUGGAGGUUGACACGUCCGAGAUCAGCGAUGGGGACCUGACUCUGUAUCUGUACAACGUGGAUUAUCAGGAUGAAGCCUUGUAUACGUGCAAAGCCUUCAGCCCCAACGGCAAAGGCGAGAUCAAACUGAAGCUAAUGAUACAAGAGGAAGAGGAGCCGCCCAUCACUUUUGACACAGUAGACAACGUGACAGUCGCUCGUUGUACUUCUGCUGCUUGGUACAAAGUCCCCAUUGUGAAGUGGCUGAACCGGCGUGAGCAGGACGUGACGGAGAACUCCACCACGAUGGUGCUGGAGCAGAUGCAAGACGGGAGACACCGGGUGUCCUCAACGCUGACUGGAGUCAAAACCUACGAGAUCUAUCGCUGCCUCAUCCGAGAUGCAAAAAAGGCUCGUCGUGCGCGGACUAUCCACAGGAAGCUGAAAAAAGGGGUGCUGAGGGAAUAUGGAGAGUUUUGAGAUGUUUGGCGCCCCUGGUUAUCCCUGCCGGGCGUUGCUUCUUCGUUCGCUUUUUCUCGGACCUGCCAACGUUGGAGAACAAGCUAGAGCAGUACUGAGCGUGCCGCCACAUUAUGCUUUCCAGCAUAAUAAAAAAAGUGCUAGCGAGAAGGCCCUAGUCUAAGCGUUAGAGUCUGUGUCAUAUUUAACUGAUGGUUAUUAAUAAUUUAUUAGAAUGUGAUUAGAAAUGCAAUAUUUUCUUAUGUUUCUGUAUAAUCCUUCAGAUAAAUGAACUCAUGGUGUUUACAG